CUUAUCAUCAAAUCCCUAAUUUUCCUCCUAAACUAAGCCCUAAGCCAAAUGCAAAUCCCGGUUCAAACCUUGGUAUAAAACCCAAAAAAAUCGCGGGUGAACAGGGGCUGCGUCUACUGUUCAUCGUGCCAACGGCGAUUUCCUCUCCGUGAGCGCGCGCGCAUGCCCCCGAUUCCAGUGAUAAUCUGAUCUUGAGUUCCAGAUCCAUAGAGGAGGAUGCAAGGAAGCUGCUGACCUAAUUUCCUGAAGCUGGAGGUUUGCCAAAGAGGUUUCGACGGCAAGCUUUGCUGGGAUUCGAUUCUUCAUUCUCCGCCCCUGUUAGAACGGUGUUGACAGCAGGAAUUCAUCAGCCAUCUUCAGGAAUCAUCAAAGAGGUCUCUCUAGUGGUUCUUGACUUGAAUCCAGCCACAUUCAACGCCCCAUCAGCAAGUCAUUGCUGAGCACAGAAUAGAAUUGCAGAUCCAGGUUUCGACAAUUCUGCACAGAUCUGAACUUGUGUUCUUCCAGAGAGGUUUCUUUGGCUAAGAUCAGCGGGUUUCAGAUCUAAACUCAGAUCAGCUGCGUUCCCUUUUCUGCUUUUCUGGAUUUCGCAUUUGAGGUUUCAAGUGAGGACUCUUGUGUGACGACAAGAGUUGUGAUUCAAGAAUUGGUUGUGAUUGGAAUUGGUUUAGUUUUAAUCCUGCAUUUCAUUACUGCUGUUAGCUAGAUCUAGAACUUGUUUGUAGCUCAGUUUAGUGCAUAGAUUGGUUUCUUUCCAGAAUUUUGCUUUAAAUCUCUGUUCUGUAAUGUAAAUUUCCAGCAAGUUUCUGUUAAUAAAAGUAGUUUACAAUCUUUGUUUUCAAUUCAAUCAUUUCAGUAGAUUUUGUUGAGUUUAAAUAGUUCCUGGUCUUGUAGUUGCUGCAGCUUUGAUUACUGUUAUUUGAUAUAGAAAUUUCCAACAGUAUUCUUUAGGGACUUGUUCUGUUUUUGUUCUGUUUUUCUCUUGAUGCAGUAAUUCUAGUAGUUGCUGUUAUUGUAAUUAGGUUUCAAUCUUUGUGUUCGAUGCAGUAAUUUCAUAGGAUCUGUUUAGUGUAAUUAGUUUCCAAUCUUGUCUUAGAGAAGAAUGUUAUUACUUUAGCAGUAGAGAGUAGUUGUAGUUUGAUUGCAAUUAAUUUUGUUUGCUUAGAGGUACUUUAAUCGUUUCAAUUUUGAGUAGUUGACAAUUCUUGAGAGUUGCUUUGUUUUAUUUUACUUCUCUUCAGAUUUUAGUCAUUAGAAUUCUGCAGUUUAUUGUUUCUGCAUCCUUAUUUUCUUUAGAUCUUGUCAUCGAAUUUGUUGUUUCUUUAAAUCUGAACGAGUAGUUCUAGUUUUUGUUCCUUUAGAUCUCAUUUCUGAAAUUAAAUUCUGCUUCUCUUGUUUCUCUAGUUGGGUAUCUUUAUUUUGUUUUUGCACUUUCCAUCGCUGCAAUCGUAGUUGUGACAAGUUCCUGCACAAAUUCAUUUAUGCAAUUUAAAUUCUGAUGUAUCUCUUUUAGUUUCUAGAUCAUAGAGUAUGUUAGUUCUCUUAAGCUAGGAUUUAAUCAUUACAUAGGAUCAGGUUAUUAGCUGCAUUUGAUUCUUAAGUUAGGAUUUGAAACAAACUAAACACCCCCAUUUUAUCAGGAGAAAACCUAAAAAAAAUAAUAAUUCUAGUCUAAGAUCAAACAUUCUAUUACUAGUUUCCUUGAGAUAUUCGACCUUGGCUUUUUACUACAACAAUCUGGAAUAGUUAAGGGUUUUCAAGAUUAAUUAAUUUGGAGUUCAUACGUGACAGUCAAUUCGAACGUACCAAAUUUUGGCGCCGUUGCCGGGGAGACUAGUAGAGUUUGUUUGUUUUUAGAUUGUGCAUAGUUUAUCUUUUCUUUGUUUUCACUUUCUUUAUUUUAUUGUCUAUCCACUUUUGUUCUAAUUAUUGAUUUUUGGUGGUAUGACCAGGUCUUCAUGUGAUAAGUUACUUGAUAUUGAUCCGGAAAUUGAAAGGACCUUCAGAGCUUUGAGAAUUCAGGAGAAAAUUUCAGAGGACUCAGGAUGUUCUUUAUCAUCUUCAGAUACCCCCAUGGCUGAUCAUAGUAGGACAAUGAAGGAGCUUGCAGCUCCUGAUGAAGCUUUUAAAUAUUCAUGCAUCACUUAUCCAACUCUAGCUGGUGAUUUUGAGCUGAGAUCAGGGUUGAUUCAUUUGCUUCCCAAAUAUCAAGGAUUAUCUGGAGAGGACCCAAACAGACAUUUGCAUGAAUUCCAUGUGGUUUGUUCAACCAUGAAGCCACAAGGAAUUUCAGAAGAGGAUAUCAAGCUAAGGGCUUUUCCAUUUUCACUUACUGGAGUAGCAAAAGAUUGGUUAUAUUAUUUGCCACCGGGAUUUAUUACUUCAUGGAUUGAUAUGAAGAAGGCUUUCUUGGAAAAAUUCUUUCCAGCCUCAAGGACUGCAACAAUUAGGAAAAGCAUCUGUGGGAUUCAACAAGUGGUGGGAGAAACACUUUAUGAUUAUUGGGAGAGAUUCAAGAAACUAUGUUCAAGUUGUCCCCAACACCAAAUAAGUGAGCAGUUAUUAGUCCAAUACUUCUAUGAGGGUUUAUUACCUAUGGACAGAAGUAUGAUAGAUGCAGCAGCUGGAGGAGCUUUAGUAAACAAGACUCCAGAGCAAGCACGGGAGCUAAUUUCGAACAUGGCUGAAAAUUCACAGCAAUUUGGAAGUAGAGCACUCACUACUAGAGGAGUUGGUGAAGUUCAAAUGGUUUCUAAUGAACAAAAGGAGAUAAAGAAUUCAUUGAUGGAAUUAACGACCUUGGUGAAACAAUUAGCCUUGAACAAUGCUACUCAACCUUCUGUUGUGCCGAAUAUGCAAUUUCCAUGUAAACAAAGCAUAGUUUGUAGCAUUUGUUCGAGUCCAGAUCACCUUUCAGAACUUUGUCCAAAUCUCAUUCAAGAUGAAUCUUUGGCAUCAUUCUCUAGAGCUCAGUUCCAACAAAAACAUGACCCGUAUUCAUCUACAUAUAAUCCGGGUUGGAGAGAUCAUCCAAAUUUGAAGUAUGGCAAUUCAUUCUAUCAACAUCCAUCUUCAAAUCAGCAUUCCAGCCACACUUCCAGCAAUUUCCAGCAACCUCAGCAAGGUUUCCAGCAGCAUAAUCAGAAUUUCCAGCAAGGUUUUCAGCAUCAUUACCAACCUGCAAAUCAAUAUCAGCAAUCGUAUCAGCCUUAUCAGCAAUUUCAGAAUCAGAAUCAGAAUCAGCAUUAUCAAUAUCAAAAUCAAAAUUUCCAGCAAUCAAUUCCAGCACUUCCAGCACCUACAAAGAUGAGUUUAACUCAAGGAGGUUCCAAUAAUGUUUCAAAUUCAGAUCCACAGCAAGCUAGAUUGGAGGAAUUGAUGCAGCAAAUUCUUCAGCAGCAACUAAAUCAGGAAAGGCAGAUUGGGCAAUUGGCUUCUAGCAUUAAUCAGAUUCAAGCUCAGGGAUCGAGUCAAUUGCCAUCUCAAACAAUUCCUAAUCCUAAAGGGAACGUUAGUGCAUUAACUUUAAGGAGUGGGAGAAAAAUUUCAGAAUCUUCAAGAGGAAGAGCUGCUGCUGAAAAUUUUUCAGAAAUCCAGCCAUCCAGUUUCAGCAAUGAAGAACUCCCAGAAGUGCAGAAUGUGCCAGUUUCAAGUUCUAAUCCAAUUCACAUUGAUCCCUACGGUUUGGAGUAUGCACAAGGAGGUGGAAAUCUGAUGCCAGAUUUUUCCAGCAACUCUUGUCCAGCUGAACAUUUUCCAGCAACAACUUCAGAAAGCAGCAAAUCUGGAAAUGCAGGAUUUCAGAAUUCAGAGCAGAACAUUCCAUUGCCUUUCCCUCAACGCAGAGUUCAACCAAGGAAGAAUGUAGAGGAAGAGAAAGCAAAGGAGUUCCAGGACCUUGUGGACUUAUUCAGCAAGGUGGAAGUAAAUGUUCCUUUACUCACAAUGAUCAAGCAAAUUCCAAAAUAUGCGAAAUUUUUGAAGGAUCUUUGUGUACACAAGAAGAAAUUGAAGGGGAAUGAGUUGAUUAGCAUGGGCAAGAAUGUGUCUGCACUUCUUCAAACAGUUCCUCAAAAAUGCGAAGAUCCUGGAGUUUUUACGGUUCUAAUUGGGAGUAAUCUGUUUAAAGAUGCCAUGCUAGAUUUGGGAGCUUCAAUUAAUGUGAUGCCAAAAUUAGUUUUUCAGACAUUAGGGAUUGGACCAUUACAACCUACAGGAGUAGUCAUUCAGUUAGCUGACCGCAGUCAGACUCAUCCAGCUGGAGUUAUUGAAGAUGUAUUGGUGAAGGUGAGAGAACUUAUCUUUCCUGCAGAUUUUUAUAUCCUCGACAUGGAGGGAGACUAUCUGGCCAGUAGAUCUCCACUCAUUCUUGGACGACCAUUUUUGAAGACUGCAAGGACCAAGAUUGAUGUUCAUGCGGGCACACUUUCUAUGGAGAUAGGAGACACAGUGGUUCGAUUCAGUAUUCUUGACGCUAUGAAGCAUCCUAGAGAGGAUCAUUCUAUUCUUAGUUUGGAUAUUUCAGAGGAGCUGGACAGUAUAAAUUUCUUUUCAGUGAUUGAUUCAGACUCAGAUGCUGCAGAGGGAGGUAUAGGUGAUUUUUUGUUUUCAGAAGAGGAGGAUAUUUCAGCCUUGGGAGUGGAUGAUGAGUCUUGUGGAGUAUUUCCGAGUGAGAGAGAUAAAUUAUGCGUAGGGGAUUGCUUAGGAGAAGCUCUAUCCCUAGGAUCGCCCAGAGAAGAGAAAUUAUGCGUAGGGGAUUGCUUAGGAGAAGCUCUACCCCUAGGAUCGCUUUCUAUCGAUCAGACACAAGAUGAGUUGAAGCCAUUGCCUCCACACUUGAAGUAUGCUUAUUUAGGAGAGAACCAGCAGUUCCCUGUCAUCAUUGCCCAGAAUCUAGAACCAGAACAAGAAAGCAGAUUAUUAGAGAUUUUGAGGCAGCACAGGAAGGCCAUUGGAUGGACUUUAGCAGAUAUUCCUGGUAUUAGUCCUUCUAUUUGCAUGCACAGGAUUUACUUGGAGGAGGAUGUGAAACCAGUGAGACAGCCCCAGAGGAGACUUAACCCAUUGAUCCUUGAUGUAGUAAAGAAAGAGGUGACUAGACUUCUACAGGCAGGUAUCAUUUACCCUAUUUCUGACAGUAAGUGGGUAAGUCCUAUCCAUGUGGUUCCAAAGAAAUCAGGGGUGACAGUUGUGACUAAUGAAGAGAAUGAGUUAGUGCCCACCAGAGUGAAGAAUUCUUGGAGAGUUUGUGUGGACUAUAGGAAACUGAACCAAGCAAGCAGAAAGGACCACUACCCCCUACCUUUUAUUGAUCAGAUGUUGGAAAGACUAGCGGGCAAGUCACAUUAUUGCUUCCUAGAUGGUUACACGGGAUAUUUUCAUAUUUGCAUCGACCCAGAGGAUCAGGAGAAGACCACCUUCACUUGUCCUUUCGGUACAUUUGCCUACAGACGGAUGCCAUUUGGAUUAUGCAACGCUCCAGGAACUUUUCAGCGAUGCAUGGAAUAGGCUCAUUGGACUACAAGAAUUUGGAUUGGGCCCGAUCCAUUAAAUGGAGCUUUCCUCUUGAGCUAACCCAUGUCAAACCUUAUCAUCAAAUCCCUAAUUUUCCUCCUAAACUAAGCCCUAUGCCAAAUGCAAAUCCCGGUUCAAACCUUGGUAUAAAACCCAAAAAAAUCGCGGAUGAACAGGGGCUGCGUCUACUGUUCAUCGUGCCAACGGCGAUUUCCUCUCCGUGAGCGCGCGCGCAUGCCCCCGAUUCCAGUGAUAAUCUGAUCUUGAGUUCCAGAUCCAUAGAGGAGGAUGCAAGGAAGCUGCUGACCUAAUUUCCUGAAGCUGGAGGUUUGCCAAAGAGGUUUCGACGGCAAGCUUUGCUGGGAUUCGAUUCUUCAUUCUCCGCCCCUGUUAGAACGGUGUUGACAGCAGGAAUUCAUCAGCCAUCUUCAGGAAUCAUCAAAGAGGUCUCUCUAGUGGUUCUUGACUUGAAUCCAGCCACAUUCAACGCCCCAUCAGCAAGUCAUUGCUGAGCACAGAAUAGAAUUGCAGAUCCAGGUUUCGACAAUUCUGCACAGAUCUGAACUUGUGUUCUUCCAGAGAGGUUUCUUUGGCUAAGAUCAGCGGGUUUCAGAUCUAAACUCAGAUCAGCUGCGUUCCCUUUUCUGCUUUUCUGGAUUUCGCAUUUGAGGUUUCAAGUGAGGACUCUUGUGUGACGACAAGAGUUGUGAUUCAAGAAUUGGUUAUGAUUGGAAUUGGUUUAGUUUUAAUCCUGCAUUUCAUUACUGCUGUUAGCUAGAUCUAGAACUUGUUUGUAGCUCAGUUUAGUGCAUAGAUUGGUUUCUUUCCAGAAUUUUGCUUUAAAUCUCUGUUCUGUAAUGCAGAAUUUCCAGCAAGUUUCUGUUAAUAAAAGUAGUUUACAAUCUUUGUUUUCAA